GAAUCUCUGGUCUGCAACCAGGAACCUUGUACACCGUUAGAGUGUACGGUAUCAAGAACGGCGUGGAAAGCCUGCCGAUCGAAGGGAGUCAGAGAACGAUCGUAGCCAUGCCAAGUUUUAUCACAUUUACUGAAAUAACGGAGAACAGCAUCAACAUCACCUGGGGAUCUGCAGAUGGUGCCAAAGACAACUACAGCAUCAGCAUCUCUCCUGCUGAUGGUGACAACCCUACCGGAAGCGUGGACGAUGGUGAACCACUAGAGUACCUCUUCACUGGUCUGAUGGGUUGGACCUUUUACACUGUCAGCAUCAGAACUGUCAGUGGUGGGGUGACCAGUGAGGAAAAUUGGGCGGCUCGAAGGACAGAUGUAGCCCCACCAAGAAACGUGAGCAUCGUCGAGGCAACAGAAAACAGCAUCAACAUCACGUGGGCAGCUGCAGCUGGGAACAAGGACAGCUACUUUAUUAGUAUUUCUCCUCGUGAUGGUGACAACCAUGCAGGAACUGUAUAUGAUGGAGACCCGCUGGAGUACACCUUUACUGGUCUAACGCCGGGAACACUGUACACAAUUAGCGUCGUAACUGAGGCUAGUAAGAGGGAAAGCGUGGCAAGCACAAAGAUACAAAGGACAAAGCCAAAUCCUCCGAGAACCAUCACAACAGACACAGUCUCAGCGAGCAUAGCGGCUUGGGAACCGUCAACUGGAGGUGUGGUCUCUGGAUACGGAGUCUUGUUCACAUCAGAUGAUGGUAGUCCCCGCCACACGGUGACGGUUGACAACGCAACAAGCAACACGGCCUCUUCGCCCGUUGCCCUGGCCACUGGUGCACUGUACACACUCGAGGUGUUUGCAUUCAGUGACGAAGGCGGUUACAGGACAGAGAGUGACAGGACAAUCAUUACAAACAUCACACGUACCUUAGCACCAACACCCCUGCUGCAAACCUGCGGACCCAGUUUCGCGCGGAUCAACAUUCUGGAAGAAACAUCCAGUGCCACUACGUACACCGUGUCGAUUCCUGACGUUACGAGCUGUCAGAACUGUUCCAUUGUCUACGGCAAGGCCACCUGCUUCAUCGAUGACAUGUUCAACGUUUCAUCGUUCGUAGUGGCAAACUCGUCGUCUGGUACAACCUGUAACCUGAUUGUCAAUAACCCCAUAGACAGAGAAACAACCCCUAGUGUCAGAUUCGGCAUCAGUUGGACUAGGAUGGUUUAUAACCUUGGCCAUGUCGUCAGCGAAGAGUGUGGCAGCAUUCCAGUUGAGAUAACAGUAGAGGAUGUGAACGACAACCCUCCAGUGUUCGGAGCAGAUCUCGUGACGACCUUCUACCUCCGGGAUAGGACGCCCGUGCAGACGAUUCUUGCAGUAGCGUCAGCCGAAGAUGCCGACACUGGAGAAAACGCAGCCGUAGCGUACAGCAUUCCUUCUGCCACGGCAUCGGAGUACUUCGAAGUCGACAACAGCGGUGUGGUGACUGCUCGGCGUGAGCUGACGCAAAACCUGCUCAGGCAUGUUGGACUUCUUUUGGAUGAGCAGGUAGAAGUCGUCGUGAUGGCAACUGACGGAGUACACAACGCAACAACAACAUUGCCGUUCACAUUCAUUGACACUGGUGGAGUAAACACAACUUCCAGCAAAUUCGGCGUAUCGGUACCGGAGGAACAGCCACCCGGUACUCCUGUCAUCAACCUCCGGGACAAGCGACCAUUUGACGAUGGUGACAUCAUCUACAGCUUCACUCACACGUCUAAGAGCUUUGAACUAAACUCAACUUCGGGAGAAGUUACCACGGCGAAGGUUCUUGACCGAGAGGAAGAAGAGUUGUACGAACUGACCAUCUCUGCGGCAGACCCUGGUGGAUGUUACUCGUCGGCCUCCAUAGAAAUCACUGUACAAGUGGAGGACGUGAACGACCACUCUCCAGUCUUCCUCGAGACGGCCUACAGCGGACGGAUAGCCGAGAACGCCGACACAGGACAACCUGUCGCUAUUGACGGCCGUGGCAUAUCAGCCACUGACGCUGAUUUCGGCUUGAACAGUCACAUCACGUACAGCAUUGACUGUUGCCAAAACGUCUUCGCCAUUGAUAACAAUACGGGCGAAAUCACAACCAUUGCCGGCUUAGACCGAGAAAAUACGCCCGUCUACCAUCUGACAAUCGUCGCUGAAGAUAACCCUUCAAAUGAAAGCCUGAGAAGGGAAUCUCGAGCCAAUCUGACGAUCUCAGUUCUGGAUAUCAACGACCACAGCCCCACGUUCAUUGAAAUUUCACCAGUUCGAAUGUCUUUGUAUGAAAAUGAAACCGAAGGCUCCAUCAUCGCCACUUUUGUUUCCGUGGACCCGGACGAGGGAGCAAACGGCCGCGUAUUCUACGAAAUACGAUCCGGUGCGGAAGGCAGAUUCACCGUGAACUCGAGAACAGGGGAGGUUAGAAUCGCCGAUGAACUUGAUCGUGAAACGAAAGACUUCUACCGGCUGGAGAUUUUGGCUAGCGAUGGCGGGAACCCCCCUCUAGUGACAGAUGGUUUUUACUUAGAAAUUACGGUCGAGGAUGUGAACGAUAACACCCCAGCAUUCACGGCACCGGACUAUGAACUGACAGUACUCGAAGAGACCGAGGUAGGAACAGUGCUAGGAAACAUCAAGGCAGAAGACUCUGAUAUCGGUACAAACGCACAGAUACAGUACUCCUUUACAGAAGCUGUGGAAAAUUUUGCCAUCGAUGAAAACACAGGAACGCUGACGGUCGUAUCUGUUCUUGAUUUCGACAACGCGACGCACCCAAAGCAAUCCAGUUUUAAGGUGCAAGCCUCUGACGGUACAUUUUCUUCCACUGUAGAGGUUCGCGUGAGCCUCACCGACAUAAACGACAACCCUCCUGCAUAUCGUGCCGACAUCUAUGAAGUCACUCUGCUCUAUGUUACCUAUCCUGCUAUAGUAACAGCCGUUGACGCAACAGACAAGGACAGUGGUACCAAUGCUGAAGUAUCCUACAGCCUCGUUGACGACAGUUCAACGCUGUUCAGUAUAGAUUCUUCCAACGGCAUCAUUCGGCUUGUAGGUCCUUCAGGCAGUAUCAUGUAUAACAUCACUGUAGCGGCUACAGAUAAAGGAAAUCCUCCCAUGAAUUCCACAGUUUCUGUCAGUAUAAAAAUCAGCACAAUAGAUACUUCUGACACUCGUGUGUCCUUCAACGGGGUAGAAUUUGAGGGGCAUGUAGAGGAGAACAACGACGACGUACAAGUGGCGACACAACUUCAUGCCGCAGUCCAAUACGGAAGUACGCCUGCCCCCGCUGACUGCCCACUGAAGUACAAAAUGGCGGCAAGUUCUGACGACUCUGAGUUCACUGUCAACGAAACAACGGGAGAGAUCAGUACAAGAGGAGCCAGGUUUGACAGAGAGACAAGAGCACGAUACACGUUUGCUGUAGUCGUCGAGAUUUCAUGUCCAGGAAAAAGCUUUGACUACACCUCGGUUACCAUCCACGUCAAUGACACAAAUGAUGAAAACCCAACAUUUGACAGCAGCAGCUACAAUUUCGAAGCGUUGGAGGGUACUACAGGCGUUGUAGUAGGGACAGUUCUGGCUACAGACAUGGAUACCGGGUCCAAUGCCGACUUCAGUUACACCAUCUAUCCUAACGGGAGCCCUUUUAGCAUUGACGCCAACGGAGCAAUCACAGUGUCGACACCCCUAGAUAGAGAGACAACGGACAGCUAUACCCUGACAAUACUUGCUGAAGACAUGGGAGUCCCUUCCUUGAACGGCACCACCACUGUACAUGUACGAGUCCUGGACAUCAACGACCAUGCACCGGCAUUUGCUGCUCCAGCCUAUCGCACAGACCUUCGGGAAGAUGAAAAUAAAGCUGAGCUUAACAUCAGCAUCAGCGCAUCAGACGAGGAUUCUGGCACGAAUGGGGACAUCAGAUUCUCAUUACAUGGAGAGGGAAGCGACCUGUUCUUAAUAGACGAUAUGUCUGGUGUUGUCCACCUCACUGGUCGUUUGGAUUAUGAAGACAGACCCAGCUACAAUCUGACGAUCGCAGCCACAGACAAGGGCCAUCCAAAUAGAACCUCUACUGCCCCACUGUUGGUCGAGGUGACAGACGUCAACGAUAACCCACCCGUUUUCGAGCGGGACAACUACAACGCUUCAACUCACCGCAAUGUGCCCACAGAGGACGUACUGGUAACCGUUAGCGCCACUGACCAGGACUCGGGAGUCAACGCACUAGUGUUCUAUACCAUCACAGGACAGUAUGGCUUACAGCCUGCAGUACCAACAAUAGGGGAAGCAAUGUUCAACAUCACCAGCUCUACUGGCGACAUCAGGGCCACAACUCACCUGUUUCAGGACGAUAUUCAUCAAUACGAACUGAUCAUCACAGCUACAGACAUGGGGGAACCCCAACUCAGCGCCACGACAAAGGUUGUCAUCGACGUCGCCAAUACUAAUUUCUUCGCGCCAGAAUUCUUGGAUACUCCGGUUCUUCAUACAAUGAGUGAAGAUAGCGGGGUGCUGCCGUUCUUGUCCCGAAGGGUGCGCACAAUAAGGGCAAGUGACAACGAUACGGAAGCGGAAGGACAAGUCCGGAUUUUGCUUUCAAGCAAUGAUGACAUUUCAGAAUUGUUCUGGAUAACCGGCACAAGAACGUUGUCCGAAGACAAGGUUUUUGAGGCGGAAAUUUGGACAAACGCAAUCCUGGACCGUGAGACCCACCCCUCAGGACUGAACAUUACUGUACUAGCGGUGGACCAGGGAGCUACACCAAAGACAAGCACGGCCUGGGUUCACGUCACCCUGGAUGAUGUCAAUGACAACCCUCCUAAUCUGACUGUGCCAGAACGGGUAGCCAUCCCACAGUCGUCACCACCUGGCACCUCGGUGGUAACAUUGGAGGUUGUUGAUCCGGACGUGAACAAUCAGUUUUCAUUCGAGGCCGUGAGCGAAUAUUUCUCCAUCCGACGGCAGUUUCAGUCGGUUUGGGUCCAUACCUAUAUUUGUUGGGAAUCCUAA